AUGGAUCCUUUAAGUGACCCUAUGAAUGACAGACACAUAAAGAGUGUCAGACCUCCUCCUCACCGUCCUCUAUCAAGAAGUUUAAUAUGGCCUAACAAGAACAGUAAUAAGCCAGAUUGGAAAAUAAUUAAAGAUCAUCUUUCAAAGGAAGGAAGAAUAGAGAAGGAAGAUCUAGUCAGAUUAGUAGCAGACUGCAAUAAAAUCAUGAGAAACGAAAAUAAUCUACUCAAUUUAUAAGACCCUUUAACUGUAGUAGGUGAUAUUCAUGGAUAGUUUUACGAUUUGCUAAAAAUUUUAGAAGUCGGUGGCAAUCCUGAUAAUACUAAAUACUUGUUUUUAGGUGAUUUUGUUGAUAGAGGAUCAUUUUCUAUUGAAGUUCUUAUACUUCUUUAUGCAAUUAAGAUUAAUUAUCCUGAAACUGUUUAUUUUUUGAGAGGAAAUCACGAAUGCAGAUAAAUGACUUCAUUUUUUAAUUUUAGAGACGAAUGUAAGAACAAAUUUGAUUAGGAAAUAUAUGAUAUAUUCAUGGAUUCUUUCGAUCUAAUGCCUUUAUCUUGUAUUGUAAAUGGAAAGUUCUUAGCACUUCACGGUGGUAUCUCUCCUGAUUUAAAAACAAUUGAAGAUAUCAAAAAGCUUGAUAGAUUUAAAGAACCUCCAAGAUAAGGUCUUUUCUGCGAUAUGUUGUGGAGUGAUCCAGUUGAUAACGAAGAUGGUAUUUGUGAACAUGUAUACAGAUAGAAUGAUGUCCGUGGUUGCAGUUAUUUCUACGGUAAUGACGCAGUAAGACGCUUUUUAGAAAGCAACAACUUGAUUUCAAUUAUUCGUGCACAUGAAGCCUAACUAGAUGGAUAUAAAAUGCAUCGUUGGAAUGGAGGAAGUGAUUUCCCAGUUGUUAUAACUAUAUUUAGUGCUCCUAAUUACUGUGAUGUGUAUAAUAAUAAAGGUGCCGUUAUUAAAUUUGAAAACAAUACUUUAAAUAUCUAACAAUUUAACUAUACUCAACACCCUUAUUUAUUACCACAUUUCAUGGAUAUUUUCACAUGGAGUAUUCCUUUUGUUUCAGAAAAAAUCUCUGAAAUGCUAUAUGUAAUACUUAGACAAGAAGAAGAAGACGAAAACUCAGAUGGUGAGUUAGAUCCCUCUGAAAUUAAAUAAAUUUAAACUUUGUCAAAUAAAUAAAAAGAAACUAAAGAAAAAACUAAAAAAGAAGGAGCUGCUAAUGUACUAAGAAGCAAAAUUAAGUUCGUUUCUAAGAUGAUGAAAAUGUAAAAAAUAUUAAGAUAAGAGUCAGAAACUAUAGUAAAGCUUAAAGGUCAGUGCCCUGAUAAUAAGAUUCCUAGAGGACUUCUUUUGGAUACAAAUGCCAUGAAUGAUGCAAUUAGCUCGUUUAAUAAUGCCAAAAAAGCUGAUCUUGUUAAUGAGAAAAGACCCGAAUAUUCAACUAAAGAAAAUUCAUCAAUAAAUAAAUAAUCUCAAUAGCAGCAAAUCCCACCAUAAUAGCAACAUUUAUUACAUCAAUGA